GUUUGCGCUGCUCCACAUUCGACUUGGACAGACACGCAUUCAGUCGGCGCAUCCGCGGUAGCACUCUGCCAGUGAGCAACAUCAGCAGCAUGCCUUCUGCCAUGAUGUGGUGGCGCGCUGCUGUUGUCGCUGCUCUGGCGACACACGUGGUUGCCGACGACCAGUGCUACUAUGCAAAUGGCAGCAAAGCCCCAGAUACCGAGAAGCCCUGCUCGUCUGCAAAAGGCUCAGCCUGUUGUCCUCAAAACUGGGAAUGUCUCGACAAUGGCCUAUGUCACUAUCCGCCCAAUAACCUCUAUGGCCGAUACAGCUGUACCGACAAGAGCUGGAAGGCGGAUGGCUGUCCUUCCAACCUUUGCACUUAUGGUAUGACAGCUUUUGGCGGCGAAUCCAUCACACAGUGCUCCAACCACGGCAAAAAAUGGUGCUGCAACGCAGAUAAUGUGCAUGUAAACUGCUGUAAAGAGUCGCCAUCACCGCGUCCCUUCUUUGGCCUGCCAAAUGGGGUCGCAUAUGCCACGGUUGGCUCCAACAUGGCAGCGAAUGCACCGAAUCUGGCCAGAAUCAUAGGCCAAGCGACUGGUGGUAGCGGCAAUAACCAACCUUCACCGGCAGCAACAUCGGCGCCCCAGUCUUCAGGCGCAUCGGCAUCCUCUGGCUCUCCGUCGUCUCCAUCGUCUCCAUCGUCUCCAUCGUCUCCAUCGUCUCCAUCGUCUCCAUCGUCUCCAUCGUCUCCAUCGUCCCCCUCCUCAGCGACUUCGAGGGAUCGAACUGCAAUCGCUGAAUCGGCUUCGACUGCUAAACCGGUGACGACGGUGUCGUUCAGUCUUUCGUCGGGCUCUAGGGGAAUCGUCAGUGUGCCAAUCACAAGCAUCAUUACGCCUACUCCGGGUGCCAGCCCUACGCGCAGCGACGGAAAGACGGAUGACAAUAAAGACUCAAACUCGGAUCUUGGCUUGAUUAUUGGCUGCGCAGUGGGCAUUCCCAUUGGUCUUGCGUUGAUUGGAGUGCUCUUUUGGUUGCUCCGAAAGCGUCGCCAACAAAAGGCCAACCCCUACCAGCAAACGGCUGAGAUGGACGGCGACAACUCGAACUUUGCGGGCGCUGCUGCAGGCAGACUGGAUAGCAAGCAGACCCACCAGAACCACAAUACCGCAGCGACUGAAAUAGACGGCAACCCUGUAGGCGCUGGACGGCCCAUUUCGACCAUCCAUGGACAUGCAGAGCUAGCGUCAGGAAACGGAUUCGCGCCUGGACAGGCCACGCCAUAUGGGCCGGACGUAGUUGGCAUCGGCGGUGGCAAUGGGCACACGGACCGAAGCACCUGGGACAGUGUGCCACCCCAAUAUUCGCCGGGGCAUACCCAAACGGCCUUUGCGUACCCAGACGUGAGCGAACUCGCGGAUACAAGCGUGGCGCCAGUUAUGGAAAAGGAAGAACAGCACAUGGCAACGCCAGCAGCGACCGAGAUGCCAACUGUAAAGACGCCGCCGGAGGAUGUGGAAAAGCAGAUACAGCAUUGACGAGAGCAUUGAUGAGAGCUUUUUCUUUUAAUGAAUGGACACUACGUAUGCAUGACGAGGGGGGCGUUGGU